AUGUCCUCGAUUGAUGUGGUGGGUUGCCAGCUAGGAAUUGCAACCAAUGCGUUGAUACGAAUUGCUAUUUUUCCUAUUGGUAAAAUCAAUGCCAGCACGUUUAAAAAGUUUGUGUCCAUGAUACAGGCAUGUGAUUCAAAACCGAUAAAGAGUCUGACUCGAUUCCGAGAUGAUAAUUUAAAGAGUCCGUUCCAAAAACAAGAUUGGGCUAGAUCGGUGCUCAAAUUUCAGUUUGUAGAGGAAACUAGUAUCAAUACUGGAUAUUCUGAUUUUCAUCAAUAUCGGAACGUUCAUGGAGUCAUCGGUAUCAUGAGUUGCUUGAGUGAAGAAUCAGUGGCAAGCGGUUUUACAAAAUACAAAAAACAAAAGUUACAAGUAUACGGAAAGAAUAUUGUUGGAAGAUGUUUUGCAGUUGAACAAGAUCCAGAAACAACAGCACCCGAGGACGAAGAAUUGGUUGUUAUUCCAAAUCAAGAUGAAAGUCAUGUAGGAUUUCACAUUGAUUAUCUCUUUUCUGAUCUUGCACGACAAGUUUUGAUUAGAUUUGAGAAAAUUGUUUCAAAUCCAGCAGCGUACUUUAAUGAAUUGUCAACUUCGUUUCUCAUGUCUUCUCCCACAGGCAUGUUCCCAUCAUCAUCAGCUCUCAAUACUAAAAAGAUGACUCCUUCGAAAUCAAGAAAUGAUUUGGCAACUUUUCCACAACCUUCCUCUACUCAGCCUACCGUUCCUCCAAGUAGUACAACCCCACAGAGCGACGAAAAGAACUUACAAAACAUGAAACUUUUUGCCGACUGUGCAUUGCUGAUAUCUGACUAUGAAGAUGCAUUGUCAACCUAUACUGAAAUAUCCAACAUUUGCAAGCAACAACUGGCAAACUCUUAUGGAGCUGCUGGGUCGAUGAAUUAUGCGUUAUAUCUAGCGGGUAGCUCUGAAGGUAUUGCCACUGUAACAUUUGUAAAAAAUAAGGUAGCAAUUAAGGAAGUUGACAGCACCAUUAUUCAACAAAUCUAUGACUUGAUGCAUGAAGCACUUGAUUUCUACGACAAAUCAAAGAAAAAGGAUCUUCUCGUAGAGUGCUACAUCAAAACUGCUGUAUUCAUUUCAACCUACUGUGACAAAAAGAAGAGAAAAGAGGCUUUAGAUUGCCUUUCCAAAGCUGUCCAAACAGCUGUCACGCUCACAACUCAAGAAAGGAUUGUGGUCUCUGGAUUUGCUGCAAAAAUUUGCAAGCAAAUGAAAUCCAAGAGAAAAUUUGGAUUUUUCCUUCGCCAUGUAGCUCAAUUACAUCACGAUUUGUGUAAUCAAGGGGUGUCUAUACGAUUGGGGGCUCAGUUUUUAGACGCAUAUAAUCUACCUUUGGAGUUGACCCCAAAUAUCGAAUGGAAAGUAAAAAAGAACUACAAACUGAAAGGUUGGAACACUAUUCAAAUGGAUAUUAUUAAAAGCAUGAUAGAUUUUGCACAGUCUAUGAGCCCUCCUGACUACUCGACUGAAAUUCAAUACCGGCUCUACCUUCUUUCAGAGUAUUAUCCAAUAAUGCCCAAAUUACUUCAGGAGGAACAUUUGAAACGUGUGUUGGCUAUUUCACACCAAAUUCCAAAGAAUAUUAAUGUACUAUUGAAACCAUUACCUAUUAUCAAAAUGGUAGCCCCCAUGAAAUUAUCUUCACAUUUAGAACCAAAAGUAUUAGAGGUCAAGCAAAACAGACCUCAAUUAUUUAUUUAUUCUCCUUUCGAUAAGAAAGAUGAGACUAGAGUACAGUUGAAUUGGGUCAAGAAUGAGACAGCACAAAUUCUUGUAGAGUUUAUGAAUCCUUUCAGGUUUGAUUUACGGUUGAAAAACGUAUUGGUCCGAUUUAAACCAGAAAUUGAACCUAUUGGAGGUUUAGAUAAUUCAGAACCAAUAUGUGACGUGUUUGUUCACUCAUGUCUUGUCUUGAGCGGUAUGACUCACAAAGUAGUAAUUGCCACCAAACCAAGGCACGUUGGAAGAAUACUUUUGGACGCUGUAGGAAUAGAAUUCGAAGAUGGAAGAUUUAAAUCUCCAAUCUAUAUACCAGUUACGUUGCAACAUCUUGUCAAUGAGAAGAAAGAAAAGAGAUCUUAUGAAAUCGAUGUGAUUGAGACAGUUCCAUUAUUGAAUGUCACUCUUUCGACACCACAAUUAUCUCUUGUAGAGGGUGAAACAACGACACUCUUUGCCAAGUUACACAAUACCGGAAAUUGUGAAAUUACGUUCCUUGAAAUUACAUUCAUUAAUCAAACCUCUAAUUCUGUUUCUAUUAAGGAUGAAAUAGUGAAGAAAUAUUUACCUCUACUUCCUGAUGGAGAUGUUGUAACAAUACCAAUCGAGGUUGUUGGAUAUUGGAAAGGAUCCAGUGAUAUUGGUAUUAUCAACAUCCAUAUUAAAUAUGGAAUUGAAAGCGAUCAAUAUGAGAAGGCGUACUACAGAGAAAUUGAUCUAUCUAUCAAAACAACUGUAUUACGAGCUCUAGUCGUUGAGGAUUGCAUCACUGUGAAUGAAACCUUCAACAAGAAAAUUGUUGCCAAAAUUCAUAAUUAUUCCAACUCCUCAUUCAUGCUUCUCUCAAGUUUGACACAAUAUUUGAAGGACGAACAAUUUGAUACUGGAAUUCCUUUUGGAGCCCAAUCUACCAAGAUGAUUCUAGUAGAUCCCUCCAUCUUGCACAAUAUUAAUUUUGAACAGCUCAAUAUUCCAUACACUGCUGACAUUAAUCAGUACAAAGGAAUUAUUGCUCAAGCGAUGAGAUGGAAAUCUUACGUGAAUACACAAGGUGUGGUUGGAUGUAAGGAAAAUGAUGAAGUCAAACAAUCUUCAAAAGACAAAACUCAAAUGAGAAAGCAAACCACUGAAACAUCUAUACCGUCAACCAUGAACGAUCUUAUCAACGUGAAACAGGAAUUGACAGCAAUUGUAAAUAAUCAACAUACUAUUUCUCACAAGGAGCUUGCCAUCGAUCAACAACCUGUGCAAGCAGCAAUUGCGGAAGAAAUUGAAUUUACUGUCUCCAUUUCUUUGAGUUCUACAAAUCCAAAUCAAGAGGCCUUUAACAAGAUUGCAAGUUUGAUAUUUAACAUUUAUCAAGAUGCUGAAAAUGGUUCAAGAAUUGUUGCUACCAAUAGACAGUAUUGUUAUUCUGGAAACUUGAAUUCUUGUAUCGAAUUGGUUCACUCGAACGUGGUUAGGGUCACUUUGAAAGUUUUCUUUUUGGAAAGAGGUACCUUCAAGGUGUCAGUGGCAUGUUGUGACGAGCAAACUGAAGAGGUGGUGCUCUUGACUUCCCCUCUGGAUGUAAUUAUUGAAGUUGGAAAUGGACUUAUUGAACGAGAUGUGGAUUAA